GUUGUUGCUUGGCGGGCUGGCCAUUGCCAAGAUCUGGAGGCCAUCGUGGCUGAAUUCGGCUCACCCCUUGUCAGCAUUAUCAGUGCAGGCGUCGCAUUCAUCCUCCUUGUGGUCGUUUGCCCCUGCGCAUUGGGCCUUCGCAUCUCUUCACUGACGCCACGGAUGGCCAUGAAGCCUCCUGAUCCGAUCGUCAAAGAUCUGGUGAGUCUUGAGGAAGCACGAUGGAUCAGCCACAUCGAUGGAGGAAUGCAUGUGUGUCUGUCAGGUGUUGGUAGGAGGCGGCCAUGCCCAUGUACAGGUGCUCAAGAGCUUCGGGAUGGAUCCCAUCCCCGGGGUGCGGGUGACGCUCAUCAGCAGAGAUGUGGACACGCCAUACAGCGGCAUGUUGCCUGGUCAGUCAGCACAUGCAUGGGCCGGUCAUCAUCUUGUUUCCUGUAUGUACGCCUCAGUGACUUGUGUGGGGUGUGGGUGAGUGGUGCAGGUCACAUUGCUGGUCACUACACAGCCGAUGAGUGCCACAUUGAUCUGCAGCGCCUCUGCAGAUUCGCAAAGGCCGCACUCAUACAUGUUAGGCCGGAAAUGGCCCACAGGGAUCACAUCACCUCGUUCGUUCAGAAUUCGUGGUACAUGUGUGUAUAUGCAGACCGAGGCGUGCGGCCUUGACACGGCCAACCGUCGGGUCGUCUGCAAAGACGGACGGCCGCCGGUGGCCUACGACGUCCUUUCCAUCGACAUCGGGUGCGUGCACACAACACAGACAGACUCAUAUCUCAUCUCCACAACUCACCACCUCCUCACCUGUGUGUGUGUUCCGCAGGUCCACCCCCAGCCUCAAGUUCCCCGACGCCCCGCGGCUGGCUGCCGUCAAGCCCAUCGACCGCCUCUCACACAAGUGGGGCCUCAUCAAGGAGAGAAUCAUGCACCAUACACAAGACGACAAGGCCGCUCCUCUGAGGGUGCUGGUGGUGGGCGGCGGGGCCGCUGGUGUGGAGAUGGCCCUGGCGAUGCAGCAUCGGCUCAAGGGCAUGGGAGCUGGCGGCAGUGAGAGGCUCAAGUUCACCAUACUUACCAAGGGCCCGGCCAUUCUGCAGGGGCAUGCUGGCGGCGUGCAGGUAGAACCAGAACACGCCACAACAAGCACAUGCGUGUUGUGCGAUGUGUCUGUCUGUCUGUGUUGUGUUGUGUUGUGUUGUGUUGUUGUGUGAUUGCCAGCGUGCGAUGCAACGCGUGUUGCGCGACCGGCAUGUGGAGGUGGCGUGCGGGUGCGAUGUGGUCGACGUCAAGGGCCGCGACGACCACAAGGGCGGCACACUCGCAUGCGCUGACGGCCGCACGUUCGAGUACGACGAGUGCAUCUGGUGCACACACGCGUCGGCACAGCAGUGGCUGACGGCGGCUGGCCUAGACCUUGACGCAGAGGGGUUCAUCCGCGUCGAUGCCACCCUUCAGUCAACCAACACACCAAACGUCUUCGCGGCAGGUGGGCAAACACACAUACACACACACACACACACGCAGCCUCUCAUGAGAUGUGUGUGUAUGUGUGUCAGGGGAUAUUGCGUCAGUGGUGCCCCAUCCACGCCCGAAAGCGGGCGUAUUUGCGGUCCGUCAAGGGCCUCCGCUCACGGCCAACCUUCGCAGAGCGCUGCUGGGUCAGCCGCUGGUGCCCUUCACGCCGCAGAAGGAGUUCUUGAGCCUCAUCAGCACUGGGGACAAGUAUGCGGUGGCGUCGCGGGGGGCCUUCUGCUUUGAGGGAGGCUACUGGUGGACAUUGAAGGUGAGGGUGGAUGCAGGCAGGAUACAUCCAUCCAUGCAUGGCAUUCCGACACGACUUGCAUGCGUUGGUCAGGACUACAUCGAUCGGGCGUUCAUGCAGAAGUUCACCGACCUCCCAUCGAUGGCCGACGACGCCAUCUCCCCUCCCCCAUCACACCCCAAGCGCACCUUCAACCCCCAUUCCGCCUCGGUAGCCUUCGCCCUCCCCCCUCACCCCACAAUGCGGUGUGCGGGGUGCGGCGGAAAGAUCGGUGCGUCCAUCCUGACGCGAGUGCUCAAGAGGCUGCAGGGGCAGGUGCCCAGGAGAGACGAGGUGGUGGUUGGCAUGGACGAUCCUGACGAUGCGGCGGUGCUGACGAUUCCUGCCGACGACCCGACGGCCAAGGCGCCGAGCACGUCCAUUGUCCAGACCAUCGACUUUUUCAGGUGAGGGAGGGGGGCGGGCAUCACUCAGUUGCAAUGUGUUGUGAUGCUCUGCUGUGUGUGCGCAGGGCGUUUAUGGACGACCCCUAUGUGUUUGGCCAGAUCUGCGCCACACACGCCCUGUCCGACUGCUACGCCAUGGGCGCCAAACCUCUCUCAGCCCUUGCAAUGGUCUCACUACCAUUCGCUGCGGACAACAAAGUAAGAUACCCCCCCACAUGCACCCACCCGCCCCCCUUAUUCACAAACACAAACUCAUGCCCCCCGUGUGUCAUGCAGCUGGAGGAGCAGCUCUUCCAGCUGAUGAGUGGCGCGUGCAAGUCCCUCUCAUCGGCCAACUGUGCUCUGGUGGGCGGCCACACGGCCGAGAGCGACGGGCCUUCGCCGUGCUUGGGUUUCACCAUCACCGGCACGCUCAACACAGCUGCUGAGGGUGAUGGUGAUGGUGAGGGCAGGUUGCUCUCCAAAGGUGGCAUGAGGGGCGGUGACAAGGUGAUGCUGACCAAGGCCAUUGGGACGGGCUGUCUGUUUGCCGCUGACAUGAAGGGCAAGGCCAGAGGCAGGUCGGUCUGUCGGUCGGAUGAAUGAGGUGUGGCGUGCAGUGCAGUGCAGGUGGAUUGUGUGUGUGUGAUGUGUGUGUGGUCACCUCAGGUGGAUGCGGGGUGCGGUGGCCUCGAUGCUUCAGUCGAACGGCCCUGCAGCCGAUGUCUUGAGGAAAUACCACGCCACUGCCUGCACCGACAUCACCGGUGCGUACGCCCCCUCACCUCCCCACCCACCCUACCAAAUACCCCCCCAAGCACCAACACAACACCUGUUCAUAGACAUCCGUGUGUGGUUGGUGUGCAGGUUUUGGCCUACUCGGUCAUCUGAGCGAGAUGGUGCGGUCGAGCCAGGCGAGAGACCCCUCCUGCGGCAUCCGUGUGCGGCUGGACCCCUCACAAGUGCCGCUGCUCGAUGGCGCACUCGAGUGCGUGAAAGACGGACAUCUCUCGACACUACAGGAGUCAAAUGAAAGGUGCGAUGACGGACAGAUGUGUGCAGUGGGUGAGUGUGUUUGUUGGUGGUGUGCGUGUGUGUAGAGUGAGUCGUUUCAUCAUCGAUGCGGGAGGGGCUGCAUCGUCAACGCCAUCGUGUCGGCUGCUCUUCGACCCCCAGACGUCGGGCGGGCUCAUCGCCACGGUGAGCAAGGCGUGCCUCUCUGCCUGCAUGGCAGGGAUGGGAGCUGUCUGUGUCGCAGGUGCCUGCAUCAGCUGCAGCUGCGUGCAUUGAAGAUCUACGCGCAUCAGGGUAUGUAGAGUAGAGGAGACGCAGCCAGAGCAUCGCACAGCUCACCCACACACGAUGCGAUCGAUGCGUCUGUGUCUGUGUAUUGGCCAGCCACGGUUGUGCAUCGGUCAUCGGCGAUGUGGAGACGACAGCCGAGGCCAUGGCCGAGGAUGAGCCGUUCAUUUCGCUGGCUGGCUAAUGUCAGCUGAUCAAGGAGUGGAUGUCAUGUGGAUGUGAAGACGACUUUUGUAUUUUUGCUGGGGUAGAUAAUCAGAGGAAAGUGAAGUAGGACUAAGGACCCGUGCAGUGCAGUACAUACGCGACUGUCCUUCGUUCGAUGACAUGAAUCCAAAUGCAGCCGAGCUACUGCGCAGCCAUACUGACUGCACACGGGGGGAUGGGGGGAUGGACCAACCGACGGAGAGACACGUAGUGGCUGCACACUUCACAUCAAACCGGUCGAU